UUGGCAAAAAAAAUUGAUAGGGAAUCUUUGUUAGAUGCCUUUACUGUUUUGUAUGAUGAGUGUAACGAGGACCCUAUUAAAAAAUGUCACGAACUUUUACGAACAUUCGUUGAAAAAUAUCGCAGUGCUCUGGCCGAAUUGCGGAGGGCCCGAGUUUGCAUUUCGAACUUUGAAAUUAUACAACUUAUAGGUCACGGGCAUUAUGGUGAAGUACAUAUGGUACGUGUAAAACAAAAAGCUGAUGUAUAUGCAUUAAAAAGUGUCCCUAAAGAAGAAGUGAGGAAGAGAGUUGUUGGGGCUGAGGAUGAAAGAAACAUUCUUGCAACUGCAUCCAGCAAUUGGAUACCAAAACUACAGUAUGCUUUUCAGGACAGUAACAAGUUAUAUCUGGUGAUGGAACUAUGUAAUGGAGGUGACUUGGCUGGUCUGCUUUCACGUCAAAACCAUCCCCUGUCAGAACGUGAUGCAGCAUUUUAUAUAGCAGAAGAUGCUCAUGCACUAAAAGCUCUUCAUGGUAUGGGAUAUAUUCACAGAGACAUCAAGCCACAGAAUAUUUUUUUGGACAGAGGUGGUCACGUGAAGCUCGUUGAUUUCGGUUCGUUUGCUCAUCUUUCGGAGGGCGGGUGUGUAGUCGGCGGCACAGCUGACUAUGGGGCUCCGGAGUUAUUGUCCAGUGACUGCACAACCGCUCACACUAUGUGUCUCUGCCGCCGGGUUAACACUGCCAUUUCAGCUUGUGGUUACUGGUCACUGGGUGUAGUCGCUUUCGAACUGAGCUCCAAAUUCCGAGCCUCCUUUCGAGCCGCCGCCUCACAGCCUUUCAUCAUCAUGGCGGUCACUAGUGGCGGGACUAUUACGUGUAUAAGAGAUCAGGCUCCACCUUGGGUUCCACAUCUUCGUGGUGCAGAGGACACUACAUAUCUACCGGCGCCUGGACGUGUUCCAUCACCUCCUUCAACAGCGCCCUUCAGAACCCGCCCGCCUUUCGCUGGACAGCUACCUUUCGUUGGUUAUUCAUAUAUGGCACCAGAGGAGGAAGACAUUCAUUCUGGUGGAUUCAGUACAUCGCAUUAUCUCACGGCAAUAGAUCUCGCAACUUACAAAUCGGCAGAGAAGUUAGCCUCGUUGCAGAAUAAGCUAGUGACUGCAGAGGCAGCGGCCAGUGAGGCGGCCGAGCGAGCAAGGAGACUCGCUGAUGAAGACCACGAGAGACUCCGGGCGGCGCUACAAGCUGAUAUAACAUCGCUUACGUUACAUAACAAACGUUUAGAACGUCAAAUAGAUAUUGAAAUGAAUAAAUAA